AUGUCCUCAAAAAUCAACGUCGGAUUUAUAGGUCUCUCCACGAAAGGAGGAUGGGCAUCAGUAGCGCAUGUCCCUUACCUCAAAAAGUCUUCGAUCUAUACUAUAAAAGCGCUUUCAAAUUCUAGCAUUGAAUCCGCAAAAUCUGCUGCUGAAACAUUUGCUAUCAAGAAAUAUUAUGCAACACCAGAAGAAUUAACACAAGAUCCGGAAGUCGACACUGUGGUCGUAUCUGUAAAGGUGCCACUCCACAAACGUCUUAUUACGCCUGCCCUCGAACAAGGAAAGAAUGCCAUCGUCGAAUGGCCUCUUGGACGGAACCUUCAAGAAGCUGAAGAACUCACUCAGCUGGCUCGUUCAAAAGACGUAAAAACAAUGGUAGUACUACAAGCCCGUCAGUCCUCUGUUGUCAAGAAGAUGAAAGAGAUCAUCGAUUCUGGAAAGCUUGGUACGAUUCUGUCCACCCAUCAGUAUGCAGCAGCCUUUGCAUGGGGAGCUACAACUAAUGAAAAUAUUGUAUAUCUCGCCGAUAUCGAAAAUGGAGCAAACAUGAUUACCAUAAACGGCGGCCAUUUAAUGGAUGCAAUGUGCUACAUCUUAGGAGAAUUCGACUCUGUUACCGCAACAGUCCAUAACUCACGGAAGACUAUUGAGGUUCGGGAUGAAAAGGGGAAAAAGAUUCGCGAUGCACCGCUUACUUCACAUGAUCAGAUGAGUGUCAGCGGAGUAUUAACUUCGGGUGCAUAUGCGUCGGUUCAUAUCCGUGGUGGAUCAUAUAAAGGCACGAAUCUUUUAUGGGAGAUCGAAGGUACUCACGGCGAAUUACAAGUUAGAGGAUCAAUCGGACUUUUGCAACUUUCUUCUCCGACGCUUUGGGCAAGUUUCGAUGGUGGAGAUAUGGAAGAAAUCACGCCACAAGAUGAACAAGGUUCACAUGUCAACGUUGGGAGAGCGUACGAUGAGUUCGCAAAGGAAGGGGGUUUAUAUCCCACUUGGGAAGAUGCUGUUGUUCGACAUAGAAUGAUAGAGGCGAUUUAUAAAAGUGCAGCGACUGGAACGAAGCAGACAUAUAAAAAAACGUACUGA